CUUCGUGUCAGAGGCGUUAUAAGGAAGUGAUGCGACCUGUUAGACUGACAGCAGCUGAUCAGCGAGUUGCCCGAAACAGGGAUCUGCCUUUGCAUUAGAGGAUGAUGCUCCAUGAACGCCUCACACUUACUCAGAAUAUACUGCUUGCUGUGUUUUGUUUUCCUCUGCUACCCUUCUACCUCUGUUAUGCCUGUUGCCAAAAGAGUCAAGAAGACCAAGACCACCAAAAGGAAGUUGAUUUGGAACAAGAUGUGAAUGCACACUCUAGGCAGAAACAAAACAACACAGAGCAUGUCUACAUUAACCAAGCACAUUUUCCAGAGAAGUCAUCUUCAGGAAAUCAAGAGGAAAACCCUUCAGUUUCAGUGGCAGUGGAGUUUCAUCCAAAAGUGAAGACCUCAUUCCGCAGAGAGACAGCACCACAGAGCACAGAAAAGAAAACACAGCAAGAUAAAGACAGUUAUAUGAAUAAAGGAUUUAUCAGUGAUGAUAAAUGCAAAGUAACAGGAAAAUACUCAUAUCCCUGGGAUAAAUCCAGCCUGAAGACUCUGCAAGUGGAUCUGAAUCAACUGAAAGACCUGGACAAUUAUGCUCGUCAGGUCAAUGAAAGGAACAGCAUAGAGGUCUUAGUGAAAAAGCUUCUGAAAAAGGCCCACAGCAACUUGGAGAAGGUGCGAGCCAUCUGGACAUGGAUUACCCACCACAUUGAAUACGAUGUCAACGCCUAUAAUAAUGCAGGUCUUCGGUCCAGUGACCCCAAUGAUAUUCUUAAAAAGGGAAAGGGGGUCUGUGCUGGAUAUGCAGGACUCUUCAGCAAAAUGUGCAGUUUUGCAGGAAUCCCUUGUGAGGAAGUUUCUGGCUACUCCAAAGGAUAUAGCUAUAACAUUGGAGACCAUUUUACUGGAAGCUCCAAUCAUGCAUGGAAUGCUGUUUACCUUGAAGACCAAUGGCACCUCCUGGACAGCACAUGGGGAGCUGGGAAAUGUGGAGUUAAGGAUUUUCAGUUCAGCUUUGAGUAUGAUGAGUAUUAUUUUCUCACACAUCCUGCACUUUUUAUUCUGAAUCAUUUUCCAGAGGACAAAAAGUGGCAGCUUUUAAAUUCAACUGUUUCACUCAAAGAAUUUGAAAAGUCUCUUUAUGUAAAAGGCGAAUUUUACAAUCUUGGGCUAACUACAAUAAAACCAGACAUGUCACAAAUCAAAACAGAAAAUGGUACAGUGUCCAUUUCUAUAGAGGGAACAUCUCCCACUUUGUUCCUGUACAAUUUAAAUGGAACACAAAGAGAUGGCAUCUUGACUUUGAAGCCCUGUGGAAUGAAGCUGGACCUCUAUCCACAAAGAACUGGAACUCAUGAAGUGAUGAUUUUUGCAAAAACAUUUUUGGAUGAAACACCAUCUUACAAAUAUAUAUGUGAAUACCAGCUUCACUGCCACACUCUCAACAAGGAAAUAAAGGUUCCUGUGGACUUGGUAAGUCCAGUUGGUCAUAGCCUGAUGGCAGAGAAAGCUGGUCUCCUUCAGCCAUCAGUCAGUGACCCUAUUGUGAACACUGAAGAUGGAAAAUGCUCCUUCAGAUUUCUGCUGAAUAAAGAUCUGUGUUUUACUGCAGAUCUCUCUACCGCAGCCUUUGAAAUGUCAGAACAACAGAAAAAAUCACACAUCUUCAUUGCUAGGGAAGGCAAACAAGUGGAGUUCAAAGUUCUUCUUCCAAAGGCAGGAAUGUAUAUAUUUACAAUAUAUGCAAAAGAAAAGUCUGACUCUAGGAAUAGCUACAGUUAUGUCUGUAAUUAUUUAAUUUCUUGCAAAAAUUUAAAAGUAAAGUGGCCUGGUUUUCCGAAAACAUAUUCCAACUGGGACUGCGAAUACGUGUUGCUAGAACCCCUUACUGGUGUUCUCCCAGCGAACCACUCUGUAGAUUUCAAGUUAAAAAUACCUGGUGUGGCAAAGGUGCAGGUGCAAGGCCAGAGAACAGGCCUCCUUCACCUCUCAAGUGAAGGAUACUGGGAAGGAACCUGCGCUACCAAUGGCUGCAGGGAGGUGACUGUCAGCAUAAUGCAGAAUCCCAAUGACACUUCCUACUUUUAUGCCUUGACCUAUCAAGUAGAAAGCAGCUAAGAAAAUCUUAGAGGAAGAGGAUGGGCCUGCAACCAAAUCCAAAAUCAUAAGAAGCCUGUUCAUGAUCAAAUGCAUUUGUGGAAAUCAAAUGUGGAUAUGAAAGUAAGAGCGAACAACAUUUCAGUUAUAAUUAUGAAACAGAAUUACACAAUUGAAUUUGAGCAUAUACCGACUUGGGGCACAAUAAAUCAAAACAAAUGCAAAAACUUCAGCUCAUGCAGCUUAUAUUUUGGAAUCAAUAAGAAUAUGGAAUUAAUUUGGAAUUAAUAUAGUAAGACUGAAGGAUCGCCUUUGCUACUGUUUUCAGAAACUUUAAAUUUUUUCCCACAAAUUCUUAAUCAAAUGCUGAAAAACUAUGAAUUGAUAUUCACACCAGCAAUAAAAUAAUGAAGCUUGGCA